AUGGGCUGUGUUAAAUCAUCGGCUUAUGAUGAUGCUGGACUUGCCCAUUUUAAUCGAGUAAGAAAACCAAGGCCAUGGAAUCAUGAUGCUGACAUUACUUUGGAACAACUUCGAGAUAUGCGCAAUGUAUUUUGGCGUAAUAUUCCCCGUUUCGGUGGCCAACUAGAGAUCUGGCAAGCGCUUCGAAGGGCAGCAGAAAGUGACUUGCCGUAUGCACAAGCAAUUAUCGAUGAAAAUCGCAUUAGACUUGUGAAUCGUGACAUGUCAGUUUGCUAUGAUGAAUUAAAUAUUAGAUAUGAGUUACCUUUGUAUGUUUUGAGUGAGCCUGAAAAUUUACUUGAUCGCCCUCGGCAAGAUCCGGUCAGGCGACCAAGUAUGAUGGAUCGUCUUCGUCGCCACGCAUAA